GAGAGCCAGAAUUCAACGAAUCUGGAACUUUCUUAUCUGGAAUAAAAGAGAAUACAUCUGGCAAUAUCAAAUUUAUUCACAAAACCCCUAAUCGGAUCGCACCCUAGGGUUUACCCUAACCGGAUCCAGACCCCGAAAGGCAAUCAGUUUUUUUCUUUAGCAAUGGAGGUGGGUAGUGUCAGUUCUGUGGAGAGGACCUUGUGGGCAUGCUCUGUUAUGGAAGCUAUGGUGGUAGAGACUGCACUUGCAGCUUGGAAGUCUCUUGCUUAUCUGUUCUUUGUGGUUGGAUCAUUACCUGAUGAUAUCGAUGCAUUACCAAAAUUAACUGCAAUGGAUGAGAGGUUUCCUCUAAAUGAACUUUUCAAGAUCAAGCACCCUGAUGCAGAAAACAAAGAUGCUAGUGAUACAGAAGAUGAUGAUGAAGAAGAUGAUGAUAAUGCAGAAGACCCGGAUGACGAAGGCGAUGGUGAUUUCUCAGGUGAAGAGGGGGGAGAGGAAGGAGAUCCUGAGGAUGAUCCUGAAGCUAAUGGUGAAGGAGGAAGUGAUGAUGAGGAUGACGAUGAUGACGAUGAUGAUGGUGAUGAAGAUGAUGAUGAAGAGGAUGAGGAAGAUGAAGAGGAGGAAGAAGAGGAGGAAGAGGUUCCACAGCCUCCUGCUAAGAAGAGAAAGUGAAGAGCAGUCGUAGGCACUAUGUUUCCCUUUUGGGAUAGGUAGCUUUUAGUAGGGGGGAGGAUUCAGAUUGUCGGUAUGCAUAGGGUAGAAUUGGCCAUACUUGUUCUGAAUGAACCUCUGUUCUGAACCAAUGGUGUGAUGUUGUCGCAGAUUAUUGUGAUGUAUAAUAUUUUAUUUUUCCUGGAAUUGGUGCCUGUCUUUUAUUUAAGCUAGUUAAAUCGCUUAGUUUUUCAUGAUGACUAAAAA